CUUUCAGUCCCGGUUAGAGAAAAAUCAGCGAGCAGAGAUACACUAAGCGUGCAUCUCUCAGUUUGUUCACGAAAAAUCAGCCGUACGUCUCUAUUCCAGCUUUUUAUAAGGAAAUCAGCCUCCCUAUGUCUCAGAACACAUUCCAAUCUUUCUUUCAAAAGAAAAUCAAUCUUUUCUUCUUAUUGCUCUCUUAUUGCUGUGUCUAUACUAUCCGGACAGAUUCUUGGAGUUUCCUUCUCAUCAAGUCGAAAAAAACAUAGUUGUGUUAAAAGAAGAACUCCAGGCAUCGCUCAUCAAACCUGCUCGUCUGUUGGUCUGGCUCUUGUGAACUGCUACUGAUAAAAAAGCUCAUUCUUAGAGUGUUCUUCUCACCAAGGUUGACAUGAAUCCAUCAAAUUUGAGAACUCUGGAAUUGGAUCAACUUUCAAGACUAAUAAGCAUGCAUACAUUCCACCUGGUGCCUUAGCAAGUAGACGAGGGAAAAGCUUAAAACCUUUGGGCUCCGUAAGAGUAAUGGCUGAACAAAGAACUCCAAUUGGCCAAAGUAAAAAUUUUAAUGCAUCCACAUCUUAUCAACACGAGCCAGCACAGAAUAAUAUCCUUCUACCUCCUGAUUUUGAUCAAAUUGAAGAUGAUGUUUCCCUCUCUACAGAAGUUGAAGUGAUGCAAGAUACUCAGACAAACGAAACAAGUCCUCGUGAAUCUGAGAAAGCAAAAAAGGUGAGAGGAAAGAACAUUUGUAAAAAUGUUGCAAGACUCAAACCUGGAGAAAAGUUGAGCGUCACUUUUUACCAGAAUCGAGUUGUUGGGAAGCAUGCUACCUCGUUUGUGAGACAGUUGGGUAUUUUAGUUCGUGAUCGUAAUAUGUGUCCAUUGAGGGUACACUCCUGGAAGGACAUCGAAGAAGAUAAGCUAGAACACAUGUGGAAUGCUGUUACUGCUGAAAUCCAAAAAUUGGUUCAAUCUGAUUCGUCACUUACAAAUAUUGAAGUCGUAGAAAAGUGCUUUGGACCUCAACGUAAGAGUCAUGUAGUUGGAUUUGGUGGUGGGAUAACCGCUAAAGAGUUGAAAGGUGGUAACUCUUCAAAGGCUGCCUUGUUAGAUAAGUUGAAUGCAAGUGAAAAAGAAAAUGAAUCACUAAAAAGACGCAUGGAUGAGUUAGAGAAUAAAUGUGAACGCAUGGAUGAGCUAGAGAGUAAAUAUGAACGGCUUGCAAGUGCAGUGUUUGGUCAGCCUUCAUCACCAUCAUCUUCAAAUGAUCAAUAGAUUGAAUCAUUUAACAGCUCAAGAAUUUGAAGGAUGAAGAGUCUAUCAUUCAAGAAAGGAGCAAGUUGAAGUACAAGGCGACUUUUAUAAUAUUAGGGGUGGUUUACAGACAAUAUCUUAUGUAUAAAUACUGCAAUUUUUAUCUUUUAGGAGUUGAUAAAAAUGGUAUCAUAAAACAUGGAUGGUAUAUCUUUUUUUAAUUCUUUGUAUUAACAAUAGAGUUUUAUAUGAAUAUUAAGUAUUUAGUAUAUUUUUGGAUGUGUCUGUGUAUUAUUCAGUUGUAUAAUUGUUUUUACAACAGUAAAUAGAAAUGUGGUCUUUGCAGCUCU